AUGGCCAAAGCCGUAAUUCCGAGGCAUUGGGUUACUGCCAAAUUGGUCGCUAGUGUGAACAGGGUGGUAGGCCAAAAGCCAGUAGAAUACGUAGUGGGCGUCGUGGGACUUCAACAUACGUUGCAACCCAAAAGUGAUCAGUUGCAUUUGUGGAAUGACUUGAAGUGGCUGCGAGUCUUGGUUCAGUUUUUGGAGGUAGGACUUGUUUUGGUUUUAAAUCUGUCUGUUCACAUCAACAUUGUGGACACAAAAGCUCAUGAUGCUGGUUACUUUAAUGCUGAGAUGGCACCAAUUGAAGUGAAAACGAAAAAGGGGAAAGAAACUAUGCAAAAGGACGAGCACCCGAAACCCCAGACCACUCUGGAACAAUUGGCAAAACUCCCAUGUGUCUUUAAAAAGGAUGGAACGGUCACUGCUGGGAAUGCUUCAGGAGUGUGUGACGGAGCUGGCGCAGUCAUCCUUGCCAGUGAAUCAGCACUAAAAAAGCACAGUCUUACUCCUCUGGCAAGAGUAGUAGCCUAUCACUCAGCUGGCUGUGACCCUUCCAUAAUGGGCAUUGGCCCUGUACCUGCCAUUACCGAGGUUCUGAAGAAAGCAGGAUUGACCCUGAAGGACAUGGAUUUGGUAGAGGUGAAUGAGGCAUUUGCACCUCAGUAUCUAGCAGUUGAAAAAGUUUUGGGCCUUGACCCUGAAAAAACCAAUGUCAACGGAGGUGCCAUCGCUAUAGGUCAUCCUUUGGGUGCUUCAGGAUCACGGAUCACAGCUCAUCUGGUUCAUGAAUUAAGGCGUCGUGGCGGGAAAUACGCGGUUGGGUCAGCUUGCAUUGGUGGUGGACAAGGGAUUGCUCUUCUCAUUGAGAACACAGCCUGAGAGAUUCUGGAGACCGCAGUGUUGCCGGAAUUACUAAUUCCCUGAGAAACUUCAGCCUUUUGUGGCAAUAAAUCAUCACUGCCUGCCUUCAUUUUGUGCCAUUCCUGCAAGGUAAAGGAAUAGCUGAGAAGUC